AUGGAGAACACCAGCACAGCGGAAGCGCAACCACCGACCACGGAUACGCCCGCCAAGAAGGGACGACGAGGGAAACGGGACGCUGGGAACGACGACUCGAAGAAGAGGAGGUGCAUUUCUUCCGCCUGUGUGCCUUGCAGGAAGCGCAAGUCCAAGUGUGACGGCACUACACCAGCUUGCUCGGCCUGUGCCGCCGUUUACAACACGCCAUGCAUCUACGAUCCGAACUCGGACCACCGCCGCAAGGGCGUCUACAAAAAGGACAUUGACAACCUCAAAACGCGCAACUCAACCCUCCAGACCCUUAUCCAAGCCAUUCUCAACUAUCCCGAGGAAGCAGUUGCAGACCUAGUCCAGCAAAUCCGCACAUGUGAGAGCCUCGACUCGGUCGCUGAGGCCAUCAUCGCCAAGGAAAAUGGAGAAGAGGAUGACGAUGAGCCCUUCAGUCCAAUCGCACCGCCCGCAGCGGCGCCUCCAGAGGGAAGCUUUGAGAGCCAACUGAGUGGCAAGAUGGGCGAGCUGCGGCUCGAGGAUGGUUCUACAAGAUACAUUGGCGGAACGUCGCAUCUCAUCUACCUGGGCAAGGGCAACGACACCGUUGACUCGCCCGACACGUAUUCGGACGACCAGUUCCAAGAGACGCAGGACCCAUUUUGCUCAUGGACUACCGUGACCUCGGACCCGGAGCUGGUGCAGCAUCUGAUCAGCAUGUACUUUUGCUGGCACUAUAGCUUCUUCACAACCCUAUCGAAGAAUUUGUUUCUGCAGGAGUUUAGGCUUGGCAAACCGCUGCCGGGAUCUGGAAGGAAGAAUCAGUACUGCUCGCCCUUGCUGGUCAAUGCCAUGCUGGCACUCGGAUGUCACUUCACAUCAUGGCCUGGUGCCAGAGCCAUACGCGACGAUUCAGCAACGGCUGGAGACCAUUUCUUCAGGGAGGCCAAGCGACUGAUUAUGGAGGAUGAUUUGCACGAAGUCCCUGCAUUAACCACAGUCCAGGCUUUGGCCUUGAUGUCCGUACGCGAAGCCGGUUGUGGGCGGGAAGCAAAGGGCUGGGUGUACAGCGGCAUGUCCUUCCGGAUGGCAUGCGAUCUCGGCCUCAAUCUGGGCAUGCAUAGCAAGGAUGUCAUCGAUGAGAAUGAGGAGGAUGCACGAAGGAUCACAUUCUGGGGCUGCUUCUUGUUCGACAAGUGCUGGAGCAACUACCUCGGGAGAUUACCUCAAUUGCCCAACACGAUUCUUACAGUACCCAAGUUCGACGUCUUCCCUGUUGAGGAUGCAGAGACAUGGAGCGCAGUCACAGACUCUGGUCUAAGUCAAGCACAUUCGCAGCCUAGUAGGACGCGGGCAGUUGCUCUCCAAAUUUCAAAGCUCUGUGAGAUUUCUAGCGAUCUGAUGAAUGCUUUCUACAACCCCAUUGACAUGGAUAAGGCCAAGGGAAGGCAAGCAGAGCUAAAGAAGCUCAGUGAGAUACACAUGAGGUUGGAGACGUGGAGACGGGAGCUCCCGAAAGAGCUAGAGCCGAAAGAGGGUGGCUUGCCCCAUAUGCUUGUCAUGCACAUGUUCUUUCAGUUGCUCUACAUCCAUCUCUUUCGUCCAUUCCUAAAAUAUAACCCAAACAAUUCACCACUUCCUGCCCAUGUCUCUCCCCGAAAGCUCUGUACCCAGGCUGCUGCCAUGAUUUCCAAACUACUACGGUUAUACAAGCGAUCACAUGGCCUGCGGCAGAUAUGCAAUAUCUGCGUAUAUAUCGCGCACUCUGCGUGCACAAUACAUCUUCUCAACCUACCCGAGAAGAACGCAAAGCGCGACAUCAUCCACGGUGUCAAGCAUCUGGAGGAGAUAGCAGAAGGAUGGCUGUGCGCCCGACGAACACUUGGAAUCCUCAGCGUACUGGCAAAGCGCUGGAACGUCGAGCUACCAGAAGAAGCUGCCACGGUGCUUUCCCGUACUGAUGCCAAGUUUGGUCCCUGGAGUGAGGUCAGCACUCCAAAAGCACAGCGCCGUGCGUCUGUACAGACCAACCAGCAUCCCUCACCGGCGGACCAGGCUUCACCGAGUCUACAACCAUACAGCAUGAACGUGGCCAACAUGACAGCACCACAACUGUAUAACCGAACAGCCAUAACAAACAAUAGCUCCCAACCUCCUACUACGCCCCAGAGUUACUCGGCUACCCUGAACGCUCCUACUCCAGCCUCGACACAAGGACGCCGAUCCGUCGAUGGUGGCCACACCACGGCUGGGAACUCGCCAAGCCAGCUCUUUGGUGGUGUUGAUCAACUUCUACGCGAAGGGCAGGAUUGGAUCUACCGCGAUCAAACACAACUUGCAACUGAUUUCGAAAAUUGGAACCCCCAAGGAGUAGAUGAUAUAGCAAGUUGGUUUGCCAGCACAGCUAAUUCCACAGGGGUCUUCCAGCCUACGACCAAUGUUGCUCCUAUUACCAGCAAUGAGAUUAACGGUGGUCCGGUGGGUGGCGGUGGUGAUGAUGGCAUCAUAGCCGCUACUAAUGGAUAUCCCAACGGGAGGUUCAAUGACAAUGCCAACAAUUCCAAUGUCAAUGGGUUUGGGGCCAUGGCGCUCAAUGGCGCAGGCUUGCAAGGAUUCACCUACGAUGAACAGAGUUGGUACCAAUGA